CUAUAUUUGCUUUUUUCGUACGGAAGUUUUUACAUAAGUAGUUUUGAAUUUAUUUUUUUGUUAAUAUUUUUGUUUCUUUUGAGUUGGGGUUAUAGACCAGAACGGUUACAAGCAUCUUUUUAUAUAUUACCAGUUUAUGGAGUACAUCUUUGGUUACCAAAAGCUCACGUAGAAGCUCCAGUAAGAGGUUCUAUACUAUUAGCUGGUGUUUUGCUUAAAUUAGGAGUAUUCAGGAGGUUUGUUAAGUUGUUUUUUAUGCAUACGUCAGGUUUUGUCUUUAUAAUAGUGGCACAUGGAAUUCCCCCUAGAUUUUCUUUUUUUUCUGAGUUUUUUUGUUUUUUGCUGGUGUUUAUUUAUUUCUUUUUUUUUAACAGUUUAUAUUAUAUAGAAGGGAAUCUUGAUUUACGUCGUUUUGGUUUUCUUGUUGUACUAAGUUCUUCUAGCUUAAAUUCUGGUUUAAUUACUGUUUUUAGAAAUCGGGUUGGUGAUGGCUCAAAUUCCCUUUUCUGCAUGAUUACCAGCGGCUAUGGCAGCACCCACUCCUGUCUCUUCUUUAGUUCACUCUUCUACUUUAGUAACAGCAGUAUAUUAUUUUUGAGAACUGGUAGCUUAAUAAGAAAUUUAACAGGAUCCCAAGAUUCUCGGUUUUAUGGAUUUCCUUUCUUUAUUGUUUUGAAGGAACUGAAGAAUUUU